AAGAGAGAGAGAGAGAGAGAGAGAGAGAGAGGGGUGGUUACGUGGAACAGCACCCCACUUCAUCAGGCAGCAUACGGCAGACCUGCAGUGCGAUCACACAGCAUAGCAAUGGGGCUAUGAGAACGAGAAGCGGAAAGCCAAGAGAGACGAGAGCAAGAAGGAGAGGGGGGGUGGCAAGUUGAAAAGAAGCGCUUGAGGGAUUUGCUCGGAUGAAAAGAAGGUGGUGGUGGUGGUGGUGGUUGGGAUGAUCAGUGGCUGCAUAGCCCAUCGUGGAUGUUGGAAGGACGUGGCAGCAGUGGCUGAGGUGCAGGCAGGUCUGUGGUCUUCUGUGUCGGAGUAGGAAGGCUUCAGGACGCUAUGCCCUGUGAGCAGUGAAGGGGUGGGGGGGUGGUGGUAAGUGUGCGUGUGCGUGUAUGUGUGUGCGUGUGUUCCUGCAUCAGCGCUGCCUGCAUGUCUCAGACAGGCGAGGGAUGCAGCAAACCUCUGCCCUGAGCUCACAGGCUGCUAGCUGCACCCAGCAAGGCGAAGAAGAGCCAGGUGGUCUCGGAGCAGGAGGCGGGGGGUUGCUCGCCUCAUGAAGGAGCUGGCCUAACGCGCACCGUGGUCCCACGGCGGUUCCUCGCUUCAGGGGAGGGGAGAGAGAGAGAGCUCACCUGCCGAGCGCUGGAUCUGAACCUGGAUUUACGGCUCCGAGGAGAGAGGAGACAGACAGCGAGCCCCCAUCGGAAGGUGUGUGAAUGCCGGGCUGCACCGGGGGCACCGGGAGCACCGAGGACACUGAGCCUUUUUGCCGCGCAGCUCACCUGGAGCGAGGAAUAUCUUCUUGGAUUUGAAUAUGAAUUGAGGAGUUUGGAAUCGGCUGCCUGGAAAUCCGGCGUUUCUUUCAUGUGGGAUUUACAAUAUGUCUACCUGAUCGUACUCUGUGUGGCUCUGGAGUAAGGACGCAACAUGAUUUGAGCGAAAUUUGUAUUCCUUGAGUUAAAAAAAAAAAAAAAAAGAAUAAUAAUGAAUAAAAAAAAAGAAUAAUGAUAACAUGGGUACCUCAACAGUACUUUAGAAUGCUGCUACCUUCAUUGUAUGAGCCUUGUCCUAGCUCUCAAAGAGGUUGACCAAUGAAGCCAUGGGACUCAGCCAGAGCUUUACAAAUGGGGCCUGUGGUAAAGCCCUGGACCAGCCGGUCGGAGAGUGGCUGGAGCACGUGGGGCUGCCGCAGUACGAGAGCAAGUUCCUGCUCAAUGGCUUUGAUGACCUACGAUUCAUGGGAAGUAACGUGAUGGAGGACCAAGAUUUAAGAGACAUGGGGAUCACUGACCCAGGACACAGAAAGAAAAUCCUCCAUGCAGCACGCAGCUUCCCCAAGGUGAAACCACUGGGUUGUGAUGGCAGCACAUCUUUAGCUUCUUGGUUGGACGGCCUUGGCCUGCAUGAGUAUCUGCCCAACUUUCUGUCUAACGGCUACCGAACCCUGGAGUGCGUAAAGAACUUGUGGGAGCUGGAGAUUGUCAAUGUUAUUAAAGUCGGGCCCUUAGGCCACAGGAAGAGGAUCAUUGCAUCUCUCGCAGAGAGACCCUAUGAGGAAGCUCCGUCUAAAUCCCGACGGCUCUCCCCAAUUAUGUUCCACGACCUCCUGUCCCAGACCACCUCACCCCUCAGUCAGCUGGACCCCUACACCAGUCGCUCCAUGGACAUGCUCCUCCCCCUGACCGAGUCCGACCGAAGGCGAAGAGCGCUCGACCAAGACUGUAGCAUUUCCCUGCGAUCCUAUAAUGAGAGGCCUCGCUCUGUAGACAGACACAGCGAACGACACAAAGAGUCUCGUGUCAACGUCCGGCCGCCGAGCCACUCCGCCACGUACGCCACCGUGUCCGCCUGGCAUCACCAGCCGGAGAAGCUCAUCCUGGACUCCUGCAGGUACGAGGCGACAUAUUUAGGAUCAUUGAUAAUCAGGGAUUUACGAGGGAUUGAGUCCACACAAGAUGCCUGUGCAAAAAUCCGGAAAUCAAAGGAUUCCAAAAAGGGCCCAGUCGUCAUACUGUCCAUUACCUACAGAGGUGUCAAGUUCAUUGAUGCCGCCACUAAGACUAUAGUCGCAGAGCACGAGAUCAGAAACAUCUCGUGUGCCGCCCAGGACCCAGAUGACCUCUGUACGUUUGCUUACAUCACCAAGGAUUCGAAGAGCGGCCAUCACUUCUGUCAUGUCUUCAGCACUGUGGAAGUCAUCCAGACCUACGAAAUCAUCCUAACACUGGGACAGGCAUUCGAGGUGGCUUAUCAGAUGGCGGUUCAGUCCAGGGCGAGACAGUACGUGCCUCCAACGUCUCUGGGCUCAGAGUUCAUAGAAACCAAAACCAGCCGCCCGGUGUCUCAGUCGUGGAACAGCAUGAGAAGAUCAGCGGGCGCCCCUCUGCUCGAAUGCCGCUGCUGUCACUGUCACACGUGUACUACCCACCGUCCUUCCUUCCUCCCGUUGCACUCUGUUAGCCCUGGAAUCCAGAUCGACCCCCUGGAGAUGGACGCCGACAUGCAGUCGCUGGGCAGCACCACCUGGCUCUGUGACCAGCGGGACUCCAACAGGCGUCCCGUCAGCACCAACUCACCCCAACGUUCAAGUUUCCGGACACCAAGCUGUGAGUUGGAAGGGGAGCAGCCGAUGCGAGUGUGUUUUUUGCGUGUGUUGAAUUAGUGCACAAAGCAGUGGGAAUAUGGUAAAAACAAAAGAAGAAGAAGGAGAAGGAGCCAACUAGUGUUACUCUGACAUUUAGGUCUCACUCUGUACACCUCCUGCUCCUCCACUGCUCCCAAGAUGAAUUCCCAACUCACAGUCAAAAGGAUAAAAAAAUAAAAUAAAAAAGGUAACUUUUGGUCCCACAUCACCGGCUAACACAGGACCUGUAUAUCGCCCCUGGGUCAAGUCUGUUUCCUGGCCUCCGCGUGGCUUACAGGUCUGUAAGGUACUGUUACAUGUAGAGCACUGUAGACCCUUAGUAAUUUAGACGAUUAAUGCGAAUUUCUGUUGAUUCAGGUCUAUUGAAGAUGGCAAGAGUUGGGUUUGAUAAAGGGGUACCAAAAUGUAGAGAGACAAAGAGAGAGAGAAAACUGUACCAGCAUACAAUGCUUUGCCCAUAUUUGUGGUCAGAGUAUGGCUUGUUGUUGAAAAUGUGAUACUGUUUCAAAUUUCAAAGCAAUAUUAUAUUCAUGAUAUUAAAUAAUACAAAGACUAAAGAAACCCUCUCAAGUCUGUUGUCAGCAUUGAUUUUCUUUACAUGGCUGAGCAGUUAAAAAGAGACACGUUACACCAGCUGUUUCCAAAUCAAAAGUGACAUUACAAGACGGUAAUUAUCGUACAAUUGUGCUUUCAUUGUUUUCCCCGCUGAACGAGAUUAGUGGGUGGCGCAACUUCUAAUCUAAACAAACGAUUAGCCCCGUUUGUGCCUCUCGUCUGCGUUAUUAUUUUCAAGUUGCGGAGCUGAGCUCUCGCUGAUCUUUGGAGGGAGAAAAGAGAGAUUAGUGUUGCUCUUGUAGUCUAGUUCUCACAGAACCAUCAGAAUCAAAAGAAGUACGAACAAAGAAUUUAAAUGUGAGGCGAUUUAUUUUAGGGGUGACAGAAAAAAGACUUAAAUGACAACACAGUUUUACUUAUUCAACAUGUAAAGACUAAUACAUGAUCUCCGUAACAACUUCAGUAAGGUUUUAGCUCAAGAAACAAUUUCAACAUUGUUUGUGGUGAAGCAGAGAGAACAUCUUCCUUUCAGGAUCCUGGAAGUCUCCAACAACCCGAUUAAUUUUUUUAAAGUCUUUCUGAACAUUUAGCUUGCAGCUAAUGCACAGCUCUGCAACUUCCCACCAAAUUCACUUAAAGUUAAAGGAGAAUUCCUCUUUUUGCAUGUUGCACUUCAUUUAUUUAAACGUAGAGUGGACGUUUUUUACAGAAAUGUAGGUACAAAAAAAAAAAAGCCAAAGUCCCUUUUUCAAUAACUGUGCACGCGCAAAAUCAUCCCACCUGCUCUUCCGCUUCUCAGGGGGUUCAGGUGGAAAAAGAAAAUCUCCAAAAUACACUCUGAUCUAAUGGUCAAAUUUUAGCCAUGACAGAUUAGUUAUAAAAUGGUAAAACAAGGAAACAGCUAAAUAAUCACAUUUUUUAAACUUAAGUCAUGAUGUUAGUCUGUCACAGCUAGUGUUGUUUUUUUGACUUGGAUUUUUUUACAUUCAUGUUAUGAAUUUAUUUUCUUUCUUUUUUUUGUAGAAGAGCCCAACCAAGCAGUAGGUCUUGAAAAUAAAUGUUGGCUUGAAGGGCUUUGGCAACAGUCACUGCCCAUGUGCUGUUCCUAAGUACAAUGAAAAUCAAACAAAAUAGAAAUUAUAUCAUCUGCAUUAAUGUUUUAGUCAAUGGUGUGAUUUACUUAUUCACAGGAAAAACUACAUUACAAUAACAUUCCUACACCAGUUAGUUUUAUAAUCCAUUAGAAAUUAGCCUGAAUUAUUUAUCUGACCUUUGACAAUAAAUAUGAAACCUCCCCAAAUAAAUGUACUAACAUUGCAUGUAUAGAGGAAGAAAAAAAACAACAUAAAAUACGGCAGGAACUUUACACAAAACUAGACAGAUAUAAAAUAGCAUAUCAAGCAAAGACAGACAAUUAUACAACCAAACCUCGACAGGCUAAUUUGUCCACUUGAUAGUUCUGUCUAAAUUUCCAAACUAAUCCGCUUUCAGAUGAUGAGCCGUCACAGGGGACUGAUCAACCAAUCAGAAGCUGACUUGUGAGAACUUCGUCACACUGGGCAGCCAAUCGUUCCACCUUUUGAAGUCAUGGAGAUUUCACCUCAAAAAGUGUUAAUUGGACAGAAUGGUGCAUUUCUGGUGCUAACGUGACGUUAGCAGCAUCCUUGCUAACACAGGCUAACGUUCACAGCAGCAGCAAACGCUGCACACUAUCGAUCAAAGCUCACGAUUUAAAUCCAAAAUGUGCACACUUCACAGGGAAAAUUAUUUCACUAGAAAUUAAGAUUUCUCUUUUGAAAGCAAAGCUAAAAAUUUACCAUUUUAACUUUAAAUUUAACAAAACUAAAAUGGCAUUCUUGGUCAGAUUUGCAGCUGCAGCACAUGUUAGUCGAGUCACGUUGUUUUUCUUGUGCAUUCUUUUAAGGGUUUUUGAACAGCUCUUUCAAAUGCUUAAAUUACCAAGGCAGCAUGUAAGCAAGUUAUGCAGAGAUGACCCUCCCAUCUAAAUGGACCACCGGCUGGAGCUGAAAGUAACUGGUUACAUAAUAAUGUCAUAAUCAAAUCCAAAGAUAUGACUGAACUUGAAAAA